AUGGAUGAUGAAACUCAUACUACUUUGCCAAAUGGAUUCACCACAGAAAUCCCUGAGUCUCAAUGUUUAAAAACAAUCAACAACAACAAUAAUCAUCAUAAUAACACCACCACCAACAAUAAAGAACAAGACCGUUUUCUUCCCAUAGCAAACGUUGGUAGAAUAAUGAAAAAAGUGAUUCCAGCAAACGGAAAAAUCUCAAAGGAUGCAAAAGAAACAGUUCAAGAAUGUGUUUCUGAGUUCAUAAGCUUCGUCACGGGCGAAGCUUCGGAUAAAUGUCAAAGAGAAAAGAGAAAAACUAUCAAUGGUGAUGAUAUCAUUUGGGCUAUUACAACAUUAGGGUUUGAAGAUUAUGUGGAACCCUUAAAAUCUUAUCUUCAAAAAUAUAGAGAUAUUGAAGGUGAGAAAGUUAAUGUUCCUAAACAACAAAGAUCUGAACAAAGGCUACAUCAACAAAAUCAACAACAUAAUCAAGAUGAAUUAAAUAAUCAACAUUUCAAUAAUAGUUUAUAUACUUCAACAAAUCUCAUUUCUCAACCUUCUUAUGUCACCAAUGAUCAACCAUUUCCGUUACCUUUCUCGUCAAAUUCGAUUCAAAAACAGUUACGGCCGCAAGAUCAGAUCGAUUCCAUAGGCCAUUGGUAUGAAUGA